AUGAUAGAGAACUGCACAACUCUGUACCCCAACGAGAUCGUUGGCCAAAAGGUCAGCGAGUACUCGGACAAGCACUCUAUCUCGCUUCCAGAGAACCUCGUCAAGUAUCAUGAAUGGGUCUUGCGCAGUCAAGAGAACUCUAACUUUACGAUUUCUCUCCUCGAAGCGAGGAUGCUGUCAUGGCUGGCUCGAAUCGUUGACGCCAAGCGUGUCUUGGAAAUAGGCACAUUUGUCGGCUUCUCAGUUGCGGCGUGGGCCAACGCCGUUGGAGAGAAGGGCAUAGUCACGGGUCUUGAGAAGUCUCCAGAAUUUUCGCAGCUAGCCAGAGACAAACUUGAGAGGUUUGGGUGGAACAAUGCCGAAAUUAUCACUGGAGAUGCCCUACAGACGCUGUCCAAGAUUGAGCCCGCAGAACCAUACGACAUCAUUUUUAUUGAUGCUCAAAAGUCAGGUUAUCCUGCGUACCUAAAGACCAUCCUGGAGAGAUCGCAGCCCGGGCAAGCCAAGAGGUUGCUUCGUCCUGGUGGCUUGAUCAUCGGCGACAAUGCCCUCCGCUGUGGACUGGUAGCCGAUGAGUCGGACAACAAUCCGGCCACUAAGACGGUUCCUCGUCAGACCAUCAACUGGGAUUGGAGCAGCAUUGCGUUUUUGGAUGAGUUUAACAAGUUGAUGCACACUCACCCACGAAUCGAGGCCAUGUUGCUUCCGGUCUUUGAUGGGCUUGGCAUGGGGAGGUUGCUGGACUGA